AUGGCCAACCCGGAUGUGGAGCUCAAGGCUAUCAACGAUCCCUUCAUGGACCUGAAGUACAUGGUCUAUCAGCUGAAGUACGACAGUGUCCACAAGAUGUUUAACGGAACAGUGGCCUGUAAGGAGGACGGCGGAAAGGAGUACUUGGUCGUGAACGGGAAGGACAUCCAGGUCUUCCACGAGAAGGAGCCAAAAGAAAUCAAGUGGGGAGAGUCGGGAGCCGCCUACGUGUGCGAAUCCACAGGCAUCUUCACUACGAAGGAGAAGGCCGAGCUUCACAUUCAGGGUGGUGCGAAGAAGGUGAUCAUUUCGGCACCUCCCAAGGAUGACGUGCCCAUGUACGUAGUUGGCGUGAACCAUACGGAAUACAAGUCCACCGACACCGUCGUUUCCAAUGCGUCCUGCACUACGAAUUGCCUCGCCCCACUCACCAAAGUCGUCCAUGAAAAGUUCGGCAUCAUCGAGGGUCUUAUGACCACGGUUCAUGCGAUGACAGCAACCCAGCUCACCGUGGAUGGCCCUUCCCGCGGUGGCAAGGAUUGGCGAGGUGGGCGCUGUGCAUCGCAGAAUAUCAUCCCGUCUGCAACGGGUGCCGCCAAAGCUGUGGGCAAGGUCAUCCCGGCAAUGAACAAGAAACUCACCGGUGACUUGGCCAAGAACUCGGCCGUGGGGUCACGUAUGGCUUUCCGAGUGCCAACGCCGAAUGUCUCAGUGGUUGACCUGACCGUCCGUUUGGAGAAGCCGGCCAAGUACGAGGACAUCGUGGCUGCCAUCAAGGAUGCCUCCAACGGCCCCAUGAAGGGCGUUCUUGACUGGACGGACGAGGAAGUCGUGUCCACGGACUUCGUCACCUGCAAAGCGUCCUCCAUCUUCGAUGCCGGCAUCUCGCUGAACGACAAUUUCGUGAAGCUUGUGAGCUGGUACGACAACGAGUGGGGCUACUCCAACCGCCUCGUGGAGUUGGCCGUGCACAUGGCCAAAGUGGAUGACCUCGUACUGUCAUGCAAGUGCUCUGCACCAGGAGCGUCCCCACCGCGUGCCAGACAACAUCUGAGCCAGCUGUUUGCACCUCAAACGGAUGAUUCGCCUCUCCUACAAUUGACGAUGAGGGCGAUUUUCACUCAUGCCUCAUGA